AUGGAUGUCCGGCGUCAAUUUCCUACUGUACACUGGAUCUGGGGAGGAGGGAUUUCAUCUGUGUAUGAGGUCCAUCCUCUCAUCGUCGUCAAGGUCCCAAAGCCUGGCGAAUUUGAGAGAGAGCAAUUCCAAAGGGAACUUAAGAUCUAUGAGGCCUUUUCGCAGCACCCGCCGUGUCCCUCUGUGGUGCAGUGUUUUCACUACACAAACAAUGGCAUCUUUCUAGAAUAUAUGAGGGGUGAGACUCUAUUUCAGUUCGCAUAUGUCUGCCUUUCUUACAGGAUACAAUGCAAUCACGUUCGGGAUCAGCAAACUAUGGUGGUUACUAAAGUCGCAAAGUUGGAGCCUCUCUCUCUGCGCAAGGAGUGGAUGAAUGACCUUGCUCAAGCUGUUGCUUUCCUUGAAUCACUCAACCUUGCCCAUGGCGAUCUACGACCUGAGAAUAUCCUACUUGAUUGUGACCGGCUGAAACUAUCCGAUUUUGAUUGUACUGUAGAAAUUGGGACAUAUUUUGAAGCUUGCAUACCCCCAUAUGGAAGAGUACUGAACAGUAAUGAGACAGAUCAAGGAUCAUCUGGAUCUGCGGGCUUCUUAGGUCCUCGAACAGAGCAGUUUGCCCUUGGUUCCUUGUACUAUCUCAUAAAUUAUGGCUUUGAGGUUUACGGAGAUCGAUGCCUUGCCGAGGAUCCUAAGGAGCAUGGACGUAAGACUGUUGACUUACUCCAGAAAAUGGAGUUUCCGAAGCUAGAUGGUGACCCACCGAUUGACAAUAUCAUCAACAAAUGUUGGCACAACAAGUAUUCCACUGUCGCGGAAUUGGCUGCAGACACCCAGAUGCUCCUUAGAGGAGAAAUCAAGGGGGAAGUAAUCGCCGAAACGAUCGCCAUCACCCGAUGGCGCACGGAUAUAAGCAGUAUAAUUCGUGGGUUAUGGUGCAGCCUCGGGGAUUGGCUGCCGUUUUCACGACGGAGCACCAAAGAUGAUGAAAACAACACCGAAGAUAUCGAUGGCAGAGAACGCAAUAAUGACAGCGAUUGCAACGUGGACGAAGAUCACUUGGCAGAGGAUUUGGCUUCGAAGAAGGCGUUCUGUCAGGACUUGGAGAAGCGUGGACUUCUUCAUUUGCUUUCUUCGGGUGAACCUGAACAACUUGGUUUCACUUUCGACUGGUACAGGUACACGUCCUCAGUUGCGAAAGAGCAAGCACAAUUUUGA